CAGAGCCGCGCUGGAGACCGGCGGGGCGCGCCCGGGCACUGCCAGCCCCCCACGGCUAUCCCCCGAGCUGCCCAGACGCCCCCCGGCCUCCCGCCGCCGCCGCUCCGGGCUCUUGGGUUAUUUUUUUGGCUUUGGGUUUUCUUUUUAAUCUGCUUUUCCAGCAACUUGCAAAAAGUUUCUUUCAGCUUCCCCCUCCCCAUCCCCCGCCCGCCCGUGUUUUGGGGGAAGCUUUUUGACUUCGAGGGGAAAAGAAUACUAAUAAAACGACUUUUUUGUAAGCUUUUUGCAGCCUUUUUUCCCCCUCGUCUCCCCAGCCGAGCUUCACGCUGCUGGGGAUUUCGUCUCUCCUAGUUGGGCUUUUUUUAACCCUUCCCCGCUCCUUAGGCACCUGAUUUUAUAUAUAGAUAUAUAUAUCUUUUUUUCAUCCCCUGUUUCCCCCGCCUCGCCACUUUCUCGCAUGAAUCUCCUAGACCCCUUCAUGAAAAUGACAGAAGAACAGGACAAAUGCAUCUCUGACGCCCCCAGCCCCACCAUGUCGGAUGAUUCCGCCGGGUCCCCCUGUCCCUCUGGAUCCGGCUCGGACACGGAAAACACCAGACCCCAAGAAAACACCUUUCCCAAAGGGGACCCGGACCUGAAGAAGGAGAGCGACGAGGACAAGUUCCCGGUGUGCAUCCGAGAAGCGGUGAGCCAAGUGCUGAAGGGCUACGACUGGACCCUGGUCCCCAUGCCGGUCCGGGUGAACGGAUCCAGCAAGAACAAGCCCCACGUGAAGAGACCCAUGAACGCCUUCAUGGUGUGGGCGCAGGCGGCCCGGAGAAAGCUGGCUGACCAGUACCCGCAUCUGCACAACGCGGAGCUCAGCAAAACCCUGGGCAAACUCUGGAGGCUGCUGAACGAGAGCGAGAAGCGCCCUUUUGUGGAGGAGGCCGAGCGGCUCCGGGUGCAGCACAAGAAGGACCAUCCCGACUACAAGUACCAGCCCCGGCGGAGGAAAUCGGUGAAGAACGGGCAGUCGGAGCAGGAGGAGGGCUCAGAGCAAACCCACAUCUCCCCCAACGCCAUCUUCAAGGCACUGCAGGCAGACUCCCCGCAGUCAUCCUCCAGCAUCAGCGAGGUGCACUCGCCCGGCGAGCACUCGGGGCAAUCGCAGGGGCCCCCGACGCCCCCCACCACCCCCAAGACGGACGCGCAGCUGGGCAAGCAGGACCUGAAGCGGGAGGGUCGCCCUCUGCAAGAAGGCGGCCGGCAGCCGCCCCACAUCGACUUCCGCGACGUGGACAUCGGCGAGCUCAGCAGCGACGUCAUCUCCAACAUCGAGACCUUCGACGUCAACGAGUUCGAUCAGUACCUUCCCCCCAACGGCCACCCCGGCGUCCCGGCCACCCACGGCCAGCCCGGCCAGGUCACCUACAGCGGCAGCUACGGCAUCAGCAGCACGGCGAGCUCGCCGGCCGGCGCUGCCCACGGCUGGAUGGCCAAGCAGCAGGGGCAGGCGCAGGGGCAGGCGCAGCACGGGCUGCCGGCGCUGAGCGGGGAGCAGGGCCAGGCGCAGCAGAGGACACACAUCAAGACGGAGCAGCUGAGCCCCAGCCACUACAGCGAGCAGCAGCAGCACUCCCCGCAGCAGAUCAACUACGGCUCCUUCAACCUCCAGCACUACAGCUCCUCCUACCCCACCAUCACCCGCUCCCAGUACGACUACACCGACCACCAGAACUCCAGCUCCUACUACAGCCACGCCGCCAGCCAGAGCAGCAGCCUCUACUCCACCUUCACCUACAUGAACCCCACGCAGCGCCCCAUGUACACCCCUAUCGCAGACACUUCUGGGGUCCCUUCCAUCCCCCAGACCCACAGCCCGCAGCACUGGGAACAGCCUGUCUACACACAGCUCACCAGACCCUAAAGCCAUUUCAAUGAGGUGGGGCGAAGAGGAAAAAACCCACCCAGCGCCCCACAGAAGAGAUUCAAGAGAAAGAAAAACCCAAGGACUAAGCAAACAAAGCGUGAAAGAAGCGAGAAGGGGGAACUUCCUCAGACUUUUUCCUUCUUUGAAAUGAAAAGAAUGAGUGAGAAGGACGGUCAAGGUGAAGCUGGCAGGGAGGAGAGAGAGCACCUGGAGCCUUCUGCACUACAGCAUCCCCAGGAAGGGCCAGAGCACUCGGUACAGACUUUCCAAGGACUGGACUUGAACUCUGCGUCCAGGGCGUGUGUGGAGAGAUUUCUCACCAACCAGCUCAGCUGUCUUGUUCUCUCUGGACUUUUGUAAUGAGGUUUUUUUUUUGGGGGGGGGCUUAUUUUUUAGCAGUAAUUAACAAAAAUGGAAAAAAAAUAAUGGGAAGGGGGGGGAAAAGAGCAAACUCAGAGUCCUCUGUGAGGAAUAUUCUCUAUUUUAACUAUUUUUUAGUAUGUACUGUGUAUGAUUCGUUACCAAGCUGAGGGGGAUUUGUACCUAUUUUUUAGAGACUUUUUGUCAAAUGCUCUUAUUUUUCCAACAGCUUAAGAAAAUAAAAGGACACUUAGUGGGGCAGUGCUGGGCUUUCUUGCAGAGAUAUUUUUGUAUAGAUAAGUGUCUUUUUGUUUUUUACCUCCCCCUCUCUAAAAGCGACCAUGAGAGCAGCAGCCUGGGUGUGCUGAGUGGGAACAGAGCGGGCAGCGCUGCCGGCCCAGGCUGCACAGGGACGAGAGCAGGGGAGGAGACAGAGGGAGAGACAGAGGCUUUAUUUUUCUAACUAAUAGCAAAAAGCAGCCAGCAGGAGAUUUUUUAACUUCUAUUUUUUAAUAACCUCGAGCCUUAAGAAAGAAAAACAAAGAGUUGGGGGUUGUUGUUCUUCAAGGGCAGCAAAGUGCUGCUGAGAAGCCUUAAGCACAGUCCUGUGAUAAUCACUUGUCCUCAGCUCUGGGGUGGGGGAGGCUGAGCUAAGCCCCCUCCAGCCAACCUCCCAAGUCCUCACCCCCAGGUUUUGAUGCAAAAAAAACCCAUCCAGGGGCUCCUCUCUCUGCUUGUGGGACAUCACAGAUACUUUAAGUUAUUUAUUUCGUGAGAAGAGCAGUUUCUAAUCUCAACUCCCUGGUGUUCCUUUUCCCCUCCCUUCUGCCCUCAGCCCUGGCACAAGCGGUUGCGUGUGUCAGAGCGUUGGUUGGAAGGUAACCCCUGUUAAAUUAUGGUCUAAACUGUAACCAAGCCUCUUAUUUAUCUCUUUAAUUCUUUUAUUAUUAUUAUUAUUAUUCUUGUUUGGAAUCUUACGUCCUGGGUUUGUACAAACUUGUGCUCUUCUCUUGGUUUCUUUCUUUUUGUCUUAAGGAUAAACUGGAAAAAAAAAAAGAGGAGAAAAUAAAAAGAACCAACCCCCCUCCCCUUGUACAAACUGAAACGAUUGCAAAUGUAGCAGAUCACUGAAUCAUUUGCCUUGUUUUCUGCCUCAGCUCUCUGGGACACACGAGCUCGUGUGAGGAUGAGACCCAGCACCCCGGGGCUGUGAUGCAGGGCAGGGAGGGGGCAGCAUCCUUUUAGCCUUCCACCCCCUCCCCUCCUCCUCCUCCACCCCCAAAACUGGCUUGAGGUGGGGCCCCUGCUGUUGGUGAAGCUGUGGCUGAACAGUUCAGGAUUGCUUUUUAAAAAAGACAGCAAACUUCUUCUCUUUUUAAUUUAAAAAGAUGCUCUAUUUGUUCACUUGGGUUGUUUUUUUUAGGGAUUUGGUAGAAGAAAAGACAAAACCCCCAAUCUGAAAGCACUCUUAUACUCUGGCAUCUUCCUGUUUCUGUACAAAAGCAGAUCUUUUUAAAGUAUUUCUGUAACUUAAAAGACCUGUCAUUUAAAUCAUAUUUUUGUCUUUAGGUAAGUUGGUUUUGUUGGCAAGAUCCUUCUCGUUGUGAA